CGCGCCCGCGCCCGCGCCCCGUCCUAGCUCGGUCAUGCUGCCCCUCUGCCUCGUGGCCGCGCUGCUGCUGGCCGCCGGGCCCGGGCCGAGCCUGGGCGACGAAGCCAUCCACUGCCCGUCCUGCUCCGAGGAGAAGCUGGCGCGCUGCCGCCCCCCCGUGGGCUGCGAGGAGCUGGUGCGGGAGCCGGGCUGCGGCUGUUGCGCCACUUGCGCCCUGGGCAAGGGGAUGCCCUGCGGGGUGUAUACCCCUCGCUGCGGCUCGGGCCUGCGCUGCUACCCGCCCCGGGGGGUGGAGAAGCCCCUGCACACGCUGAUGCACGGGCAAGGCGUGUGCAUGGAGCUGUCGGAGAUCGAGGCCAUCCAGGAGAGCCUGCAGCCCUCUGACAAGGAUGAGGGUGACCACCCCAACAACAGCUUCAGUCCCUGUAGCGCCCACGACCGCAGGUGCCUGCAGAAGCACUUUGCCAAAAUUCGAGACCGCAGCACCAGUGGGGGGAAGAUGAAGGUCAUCGGGGUGCCUCGGGAGGAAGCUCGGCCCGUGCCCCAGGGCUCCUGCCAGAGUGAGCUGCACCGGGCCCUGGAGCGUCUGGCUGCCUCACAGAGCCGCACCCACGAGGACCUCUACAUCAUCCCCAUCCCCAACUGCGACCGCAAUGGCAACUUCCACCCGAAGCAGUGUCACCCGGCCUUAGAUGGGCAGCGCGGCAAGUGCUGGUGUGUGGACCGGAAAACAGGAGUGAAGCUUCCAGGGGGCCUGGAGCCAAAAGGGGAGCUGGACUGCCACCAGUUGGCUGACAGCUUCCGCGAGUGAGCCCUGCCAGGAGGCAGGGGGCUCAAUGCCCCCUGCCGUCCCCAUCCCCUAGAGGCUACAGAGCUGACCUGGAGCCUGGGUCUGAGUCCUGGCUCUGUCUCUGGCCUAGAAGUUUCCCUUUCUGUGGUAUGUGUGUGUGUAUGUGUGUGUGCACGCACGCAUGGGUGUGCCCUUGGGGUGAGCCAAAGCCUAGGGGUGUCUUCUUUGGUCUUAGGUAGCCUGAGACGUCUGAGAGUGGCAAUGGGGAGCCCUGGUAUGUUUCCAAAUUGAUCGUGGACUCAUUCAUUCAUUCAUUCAUUCAUCCAUUCAUCCAGCCGUUCUAAAACAUUUAUUGACAACAUACUACAUGCCAGCUCUGGUUUUUUUAGCCCUGGGGGCUCUUAUUCUGACUUUCUCUGAUUUGGGCAUCUGGGGUCAUUUCUUAUAAGCUGAGCACAAGUUUGGGGAAGAGAAGUCUCUUUUCCAGAAUCAGAGGAGGAAAGUAGUCAUGUACCUUGACUGUUGUACCUUGUACCAUUGUCAUUCCCCUCAAUUUAGUCAGAGGGUGGAGGCCAUAGGGAAAGUGUGGAGUGGCAGAUGAUUCAAUGGGCAGGAGUCCCAGACUCACUCCCAAACUCAAGCCUGCCAGGCUCCCCUUCUUCUCUUCUCUAGGUCCCUCCAGUGGGAAGGACCUAUAGAGACAAGCCCACCUUUGGGUCUGGUGUGCCAUCUGCUUGGUUGCCUGGCAGCCCAGGCCCUGGUGUGGGGGAGGGAAGAGGGCUAGAAGAAGUCAUACAGGACAGAGGGCUGGGGAGCAGGGGCCCAUCUCUGAAUAGGAAGAAAGAAUGCACAGUUGGACUGCAUGUGCCUGAUGGAGAAGAGGACACACAUGCUGGGGGGUAAAGGAUUUGCCUGGGGUCCUGCAUCCUUCCCUGUUUGUGGUCAUAGCCACAAAGUCAUCAGGAUGACUCCAUCCUUCCAGUGGUUCACCGCCUGUGGCUUUGCCUCCCUUCCUAUACCUCCCUACUACCCUCCAGGCAUUUCUGGUUUGACUGGAUAGAAGGAGACUUAGGGACCUACCAGUUGGCCAUGAUGUCUUGUCUUUUUUUUUUUUUUUUUAACAAAACAGAACAAAACAAAACAAAAAAACCUA